CUUACGUUCGGUCGACGUUGUCGUAGUGCCAGCGUAAGGUCUUUAAUAUCCGCUAGGACACCGGAACUUGAAAGUACAUGGCUUAGUCUUGUCAUUUAUGGUCAAGAAGGCAAUGUAUCUCGAUUGGGUUUCGUCUGGCUGCCGAAAUGCGACAUCGCCAUCGGAAUUAUCGACGAUUACAGCUUCAUUCUCGUUCGUACUUCUUAUCAUCACAGUUCCAACCAAUCUAUUUGUCUGUUUAUCCAUAAUCAUCGAUCCAAAUAAAGAACUUCGCACACAAUUUAACUGCUUUACCUUCAACCUUGCUCUGGCAGACUUACUCGUUGGCUGUUUAACGGAGAGUCUAGCUGUAUUUAUCCACAUCAAACAAAGCAUCGAUACGGAAUUCGGUCAUAGAGACUAUCCAAUGAUCCAAAAGCUGCUACAUAUUCCAUAUUUUAUCGCAUCUUGUGCUUCCGUUUUGAGCAUUUCAGCGUUAGCAUUCGAAAGAUGGCUUGCGUUGACAUCGCCAUUCAAAUAUCGUGUGUAUUUUAGUGUCAAGCUCUGUGUCUUGAUUUCCGUUAUUAUUUGGAUAAUAGCCCUUAGCUACGGUGCAAUGAAUAUCUGGUUGGAUUAUAUACUGGAGAAUUUCAUACUUGUGAACACAGCUUUGUUGUUUACAGGCACCGUGGUCAGUUUUGCCUGUUUAAGGAUUCGCUGUACACUAUUACAGGUCUCAAAGAACUUGGAAUUAGAAGGUUUGCGCUCGUCUCAAAGAAACGACGCAUACAUUCAAAAUCAAUUAACAAAGACAUUCGUGCUGAUGAUUGGCGCCUUGAUGUGUUGUUACAUCCCUGCAUGUACUGCAGUGUAUUACAUGAACCUAUGCAGUCCCUGCAACUGUGACGUGAUCGAGUGGCUACGCGAUCUUGUAUUUUGGCUAAUACUGCUAAAUUCGGCAAUGGAUCCUUUCAUAUAUGCCCUUCGCACCAGACCAUUUCGUGAUGCAGUGCGAAAAAUCUUAUCGUGUAAAUGUGGACAGAGGAGAAGCGAAAGACAGCAAAGAUUUACUGCCACUUUUCAGAACAGGAAGGGUUAUGGAAAGCUAGCUAAACUUGUUCCUAACCAGAAAACAUAUGGCUCAACAAGUACAGCGAGUACUGACAUCUCGCAAUAAUUACAUUUAAGCAUGGUUCACACUUGUCCUUGGUGCGCAAAAUGCUUUGUCUAUCGGAAAGUAAUACAAUGGAUCCCCGAUUCUUAGGAGCUAGUGCAUGUGAACCAGGUCUAAUGGAGUGUCUAAAUUCAGUAGGCAUUUAACUAUUAAAACUGCAUCACAAUUGUUCGCAGAUGGCUGAACACGAGGUCGAAACCGAGACGAAAUCGAGGUUUUUAUUUAGUGACAUUUUACCGAGCCUUGCGAGGCGAUUGUUUUACAAAAAAAAUUAAAAUAAAUGUUUUACAAAACGUGAACCCGAUAUUUACAAAACGAUAU